CCCAUCCCACCGGAGCCAGGCCGGCUGCCUGGACCAGGAUGACGGCCUCGGCCACCGCCGGCACGCACAAGGUGGCCAGCAGCAAGGAGGAGAGGAAGCUGAGGAAACCCCUCAUUGAGCGGAAGCGAAGGGAAAGGAUUAAUAACUGCUUAGACCAGCUGAAGGAGACUGUUGUGGGUGCAUUUCACCUGGAUUCUAAACUGGAAAAAGCAGAUAUCCUGGAAAUGACAGUAAAGCACCUGCAGAACAUCCAGAGCAGCAAGAUGCUGGCUGACUCCAGGGUGGGUCUGGAGGCCCAGCAGAGGUACAGCACCGGCUACAUCCAGUGCAUGCACGAGGUGCACAACCUGCUGCUCACCUGCGACUGGAUGGACAAGAGCCUCGGGGCGCGCCUCUUGAACCACCUGCUCAAAUCCCUGCCCAGGUCUGGUGAGGACACCUGCAAAGCCGCGCUGAGGCCUUCCAGCCCGUCUCAGCAGCCUCUCCUGGCACUCAAGAGUCCCCAGAGCCCCAAGGGCAGCGCUCGAGGCACAAACCCGCCCCAGGAGCGCCUGUACCCCGCGGAGAACAAGCAAGCUGCCAAAAAUCCCCUCCCGCUGCCCUCGCCGUCGCUUUUCAACCACCUCGACGCCCCCAGACAGGUUCUGCAGCCGAAUUUUUCCCGUAACAACCCCAGAAUGGGUUCAUUAGAUAUGUGGAGACCGUGGUAAAGUGUGUUGUCAAUUCUUGUCCUAACAGUAGACACUCUUACGUAUGUAUCUUAUAGAUAUGUUUCUUUAAAACACUCGUGGAGCAGAUCUGCUCCUGUAGGUGUACUAAAGACCUGGGUACUUCAAGCCGAAGUAAACCUAUGUGUAGCCUGCAUUGUAGAAGGCUGCUAUUAUUUUUUUUUUUUUAUUUAUUUAAUACAUCUAAAUUAUUGUAUAGAAUCCUCUCGUGCUCUUUAGUGUAUAAUAAUUAUAUAGUUUUCUUGUCUUGCGUUCUAAAAUAAUUAACUUUCUAUUAAUAAAAACACAAGAUGACAAGCAACGAUCCUCUCUGGCAUCAAAUUUGCCGUCAGAUCUCACAUAAGCCAUUUGUUGGGUAAAAGGGUAAAGAACUGGUCUCUUCUGUUUUUUGUUUUUAUUAUCAUCCCUGUGCAGUGUAGGAGAAUCCAGUGUUGAGUCCUGUAAAAAUGCUGCAAUUAUUAGGAGGGGAAAAAAAAA